AUGUCCACUUUUUACUAUUCUCGACAGUACAUCCCUCAGCCCGACGAUAGCCAUUACGAAAUCACCGACGGCCAUCCGUAUACGCUGAUAACAGGGCAUCAAACGACGGCACCCAACAGCCUGGUCUGGCAAAUCCCGGUAAACGGCCUUGCAAUCGUCAUUUUCGGACGGCGCACCGGCAUACUGGCUCCGGUUUAUCCACCGCUGCCGCUCACGACUGACGAUAGUGUGUUCCACAACUUUAGCAGACAUGUCUCGGCCAUGAUAAUUCUGAUUUUGGGCACCAUGUCCAGAUGUUUCCCCGCCGACGAGCCCCUAGAAACAUUCGUGGUGUGUCGCUGGCAUGCACCAUCUAUGCGCGACUAUCUCGCAGAGGCUCGCAGAAAGAUACACGCUUCCCUUGCUUGGAGGUUUAUUCAAUGGAUAGACAUCCCAGUAUGGGUCCCCGGUAGUGCAGGAACAGUGAGGGUGAUUGUGGGCCAGGAAAAUGGCAUGCCGACUCUCCGUAUAGCCGAGCAUACCUGGCCGCUCAGAAUAUACCAUGGAUAUAAAGAUCCUACUCAGACGAACCAUGCAGAUUUGUUUACUGGACCUGUGGUGCGGCUUCCUUUAGCAGAUACGAUAAUCACGACGACCCAGAAUUUCCAUCGAGCGCAACGCUCUGGUCAGGGAAACAUGAACCUGGUGGUGGCGAACAUCGCGAACCAGGUCUCAGCUUCUACGACGACCUAUCCCGGCAUAGCAAUGUCGGUCAAUACGCCUGGUCCUUACCCGUCUCAGACCCUCAUGGCCAGUCCAACCCUUCCCGAGUCGUCAGCCGGGCCUUCCAACUCGCAAAGUCGGCCACCUGGGCAUACAUGGCAGUCCAGGACCUGA